UUCAGGUGCACAUCUAGCUGGAUGGCACAGCAACCUCCAACACAAUCAGGGAAACUGCAUGCAAAGAGUUAUCUUUGAGGGAUUUGUGAGACUCAGCUCAGUAGUACAGGAGGCAGCAGCACCUGAGAGAGCAGCGCUCUCCCACGCGAGGCUCUGGCUCUCCGAAAUUUCCCAUGCACGCUGUUUUGCUUCUAGGCCAGUGUGGGUGUGAUAUGUGUUACCUUAGCAACAGGGACAAGUGCGUGCUGCAGCUGUAGCCCUCUCUUUGCAGUAGGAGAGCAUCCCUGGUUUUCUUACAGAAAACGCUGCGCAGCUCCCCGCAAAGGGGACACCAGUGCCUGUGGCUAUCAGCGUGCUGGCACGCAGGGCACGGAUACAGAUAUGAGCUACGGCUGACGCAGACAUGUCUUCCCUGCUAUCCCCUGCUCCAGCUUGUCUCUUCUGGCCUCCAGAGAACAUCAACUGAGUCAGUCUGGCAGGAGCAGGAUCAGCAGCUUUGUGUCAGCCCCCUCCAUCAUUUCUCGAUUCAGAUGGCUCCCACAGCUCAAGGCUUUUUACUAAACUUGAAUGCCAGAGGAUGUCUGAGUGCUUUAUGAAUAUCUGGAGGAAACAAACGUGGCAGCCAAGGCAUCGGUACCCAUUAAUCACUUAGGGAGUGAUUAAUUUGCUGGGGGAGAAUUUAAGAGACUAGAGACUCAAGAAGCAGGGGAUGUUUGUGGGGUAGACCCACCCAAUAUAAAGCCAAUAUAAAUGCUGCAAAACCCCAUAAAUGGAGUAAAUCUGCGUGAGCCAUAAAACCUAUGGAAAUUCAGUUUCUCACAGAAUUUUAAUUCUGCCCUGGCUUUCAUCCUCUGUUGAACUCUAGGACUUGUAACAACAUUGUAAAUAUAAAUAUCUAGAAACAUACAUAAAGUUGCGUUCCCCCAAUAUAUUUAACAGUCCUUUUUUUAAUGCCUCACCAACACAUAUGUUUGAGAACAAAAUAUGCAUAGAUUCAAAAUGUUAAGAUAACUCUACAUUAAAAAUUCUAAGAAGAGCUGGUCCUGGAAAAAAACCCAAAAACUCGUUGAAACACUUGCUGAAAUAGUCAAAUGUAUCUAUCUGCAAACAUAGGAAAAAGGAGCAUUUAUCCUCUCUUUUAAAUUAAUUGCAACAACUGAUCACUUACAAGUUCUUCAGUGGUUUUGAACACUUUGUGUUUCACCUGCACUUAGUGCAUAUAACUGCAGCCAGGAGCAAACACACCCCUGGGAAAGCUGGUCUUCCACAGGCUUUUAGCGACACGGAGGAUGCCCUCAGCCCCGGCGUCAGCUGACGAAGGGGAAGGCACGGGGGAAGCGAAAGCGCUCCCUCCGUCCGCCCCCGCCCCCGCCGGGCCGCGGCCCUGCCCACUCCAACGGCGUUUUUGCCCUUCAAAAAAUAAAGAUGUUUCGUAAUCAACAAGGCGGUGGAGGAGUCGCCCCGUCAACGCUUCCCCUUUUAUUGGGUCCGGCAUCUUCCCCUGGCAGCCAUUUUACGCGGCCCCGAACGCUACGCUGUGCGUGCGGGGAGACGCGAUCCACAACACCGCGGCCCCGGAGCUCAGGCGGGCGUGGGAUAUACGUCCUGCUAAUCACUUUCAGAAGACGCGAAACAUCACCCAAAACAAGCCUUAUCGCAGCCCAACUCCCGCGGGUUGCUGCGGACUACGGGCGUGGGGGGGAGCGGGGCGGGCCUGAAGGCGGGCCAGGCCCGCGCGCCGCCCCCGCGCCAGCGGCCCGCAGCCAAUCAGCGGCGCGAGCGCCCCCCCAACCCCUCCUCCUCCUCCUCCGCCGCCCGCCCGCUGCGGCGCCGCUCGAGCCGUCGCUGCGCCGGGCCGCGCCACCGUCGCCGCUCCGCCAUGUGGCUGCUGGCCGCCUCCGUGCUGCUCGGCGCCCUGCGCGCAGGUUCUGCCCAGUUGUCACUUUCUGGGACAAGUAUUGUAGAAAAAAAUGACUGCAAUGAAACUGUAGUUUUACCUUGUUAUGUGACUAAUCUAAAGCAGAACAAUGAAAAUGCCAUGUUUGUUACCUGGAAAAAGCAAGGAGUUACAAUUUUUUCUUACCAUGGAGGAAACAAGAAGUUUAAUAUUGAUCCCUCAUUUUCGUCUGCAAGAUUUUUAUCCCAACCGGAUUUAAUCACGGGUGUGGCCUCACUGGUGCUGGACAGUGCACAAGCAACUGUUGGAAAUUACAGCUGUAAAGUAACAGAAUCAAACAGAGAAGGAGAAAUAAAAAUGGAACUUAAAAACAGCUCAGUUGUCAGUUGCGGCGACGAAACACCAGAGGAAAAAUGUGGAUCAUGGUUCCUUCUAGUGGAAAGGGCUGUCAUCAUAUCAUUGGUGUGCUUACUUGUUAUUUUAUGUGCAGCUCAGUUAAGUGUUAUUGGAUUAAAAUAUGAAAUUGAAUCUCAGAGGAAAGUGUGCAUUAUUGUAGCACUUGUCAUCUUUGCAGUUGUAGCUGGUGUAGGUGCUGCUCUUUUUAUGCAAGAUGGAUAUACUGUACAGAAUCAGGCUGGUCUUGGCCUAAUUGUAAUCCCUGCUGUGAUCUUGGUACCUCUUCAGUACAUCAUGUUUGGAAUUGUUUUUGACAGUCUACUGCAGGCAACGUUGGUUCUGAUAGGUUUGAAACUUCUUGGGUUUAUAAUUGCUCUGGUUGGUUUUGCACUGUGUGUUCCAGCCUGUCCUCCAUUACAUGGGUCUGUUCUGAUUGCUGGCUUAGCUAUUAUGGCUAUUGCAAGUUUGCUUAGUCUGGCUUACGUGUUUAUUAUGGAACUGCAGAGUUAUGUGAUGCGUAUAUAAAAAGUACACCGUUGUUGAUACACCGUGGCCUUGAAGAUGCACUACUCAUCGAGAAGAAAUUCAGGACUCUAGUUGUUCUGCAUGUGUGGCAAAAGUGCUUUUGAUAUAAAUGACAUUAUUUUAUAGUCACAGCAGCUGUAGCAAGGAACAUGUGUGUUUGCCCACAUGUGAUCUUUAUUUUGUUUUGUUAUGGUGUAUAUGGGAUGGUUGAGGGUGAGAAUAUAAAAAGCAUUAUUUGCCCAGUACAGACUCUCCCUGCAGUAAUCCUUAGUGGUAUUAUUUUUAAAAACUAUCAUUAGUCACUGCUUUGAUAAUGGGCCUGCUGAGCCCAGAGAUUGCAAUACCAUUUAGACUAUUGUUUUCUUUAUUUGUGUGCAUGGACAAAGUAUGGUUUAUGUGUAUGAUACAAGCAGGAAGUAGAGAUUGUACAAAUACAUCUUUUCUGACAUUCAGCAAAUUUUUAUUAAAGAAAUACAAAGUUACACACAAAGUUGCAUAAGUACAAAAUUUACUCCCAGCUCUCCUGAAAUUAUUAACUAAGUUCUAAUUCCACAAGAUGUUAGUAUUCCUCUCUGUGGACAGUAAUCAUGUGUGCUCUGGUGGCUGAUAUUUUUGUCCAGUGAGAGGGCUCUCAGUGCCUCCUCUGUAUCCUUUGAUGGGAAACUGCUCAGCUGUUGGAGCCUAAUUCAGCACUGGAAUUACAGAGCACAGGAGCUGGUAAUCUUAAUGCUGAAUGUGGUUCUUGUAUGUGUUCAUGUUGUGCAGUGUGUGGAAUUGGAAGCAAUUUCAGGCUUUCUUAACUCAGUGAAUUUGUGAAAGUCGUGGAUGCUUCAUAAAAAUAGGAGUUUCCUAUUUAGUAUAUUUUUGACAGUUUAAAACCUUGUUUUCUUGAAUGGAAAAGAGCGAUAUAAUUUCUGGCCCAGGUUUGUGUUGCUACCAUUACAUCACAAAUACAUAAAAUAAAAAGUAGGAGGAGCUGAUGAGGAGUGAGGAAGCUCAGUUUCUGUAUAUAUCUAAUGAUGAUGUGGUUAAAAAUCAGUUUACUAGAACUUGCACAUUCCAUGAGAUUCUAUGUUUUACAGCUAUGUUCUACAGCUAUUUUGAGAGUUGUUCCAAUAUAGUUAGCUGCUCUUGGACUUUGUGUAUGCUUUGUAGAAAUCUUGACACUGUUUCCUGUUUGUACUAAGGUACUGUAUUUCAAAGGCACACACGGUUUUCUCCUAACAAUUUAAAACUUGGGCAGCUUUGGAAAGCUGUUGCCAAAGUCACGUAAUAAAAUCCAUGUUUUUAAAGUUCCUGAGUAAUUUGGCAGUUCUCAGAAUUGAAUGUUACAAAUCAAGGUUCAUAUCCAUGUUGUGGGUGCAUGUCACAGGGAUUUGAGUCUCUGCACGUUGAACUCCCGAGUCGCAUUAAGAAUUCAACAAAGCAAAAUUGAGGUGUCUGGUUCUGCAGUAGGUGCUGUCAGAAUCGUCCCUCUUGCCAAGGCUGCAGGACUGAGCCAUUUAAGGCAAGCUAUGGGCCAGCCCUCACUGGGAUCAGGAGCUGGGCACAGGGAAGAGGGUCACACAUGCGAUAAAAUAUGGGAGAAUCAUAUAUGGCUCACAUUUACUGUCCUCCCUUGCCAGUGGGAGUAUUCAUGUAAGGUUUGAGCUCUUACAGAUGAGUCUUUUGGUGCAGGUUUUUCCAUCAUCUCAGUGAUACCUAACUAAAGAUGGGAGAUGGUUCUCCAUUACAAUUCACUAUAAAAAUUUUUCUAAUUUAGUAUUGUGCAGUGCUCCCUGUUUAUAACUAGUGAUUCCCUCUGGCAAGUCGCAAGUCUUAGCAGCAGAGGAAUAAAAAACCAAAUCAACUGGAAUUCUUUAGAGGUAUUCUGCCUUAUAAAAACAUUUAUAAUAGCUUUAUGUUAAUUUCUGUAAAGCAAACUGCAGCAGAACCCCGCUGUGUCACUGUGGGAUCAGGCCGAGCUGUUCCUAGGAAUUGUCAAAACCUGAGGAGCUCAGUGGCUGGCUAUGGGCUGCAGAAUCGUGGUCCCAGAAAUGGGAGAAACCCACCAUCCUGUUGAAUUAAGGGCUGGAUUUCUUGUAGGUGGGAAUUGAAAAGUGAGUGUUCAAAAAGUCAUUGGUACACCCAGCCAGCCCUUUCCCACCAGUAAUUUAAACCAAAGUUGUUCAUAACUUAUGUUUUCAUUCGUGUGUAUACAUAUGUGUGUAUAUAUAAAUAUAUAGACAUUUUAAAUAUCUAUAGAUCUAUAGUCUUUACCCAAGAAACUGUUUUUAUUUAUGAAACAUGAAACGAUUUUGUAAAUAUUGUGCUAAUAUACUUAAAAAUAAAGUCAUUUUAAGUUGUU